AUGACUUCUUCUGUGCAUGAUCGUUCUGAUAAUAGUGAAUCUGAUGACCAGCAAAGUCAUUCUUCCUUGCCUGCAAUUGGUAUUUCUCAUCCUGGAAUUCCAACCCCAAAUAUUCAGUAUGCAGCCCCUCCACAGGUUGGAACAGGACAUGCAGUGGCACCAGCAGCUUACCCUUAUCCAGACCCUUACUACAGAAGCAUCUUUGCUCCCUAUGACACACAACCAUAUCCUCCACAGCCCUAUGGGGGGCAACCAACGGUCCAUCUUCAGUUAAUGGGAAUCCAGCAAGCAGGAGUUCCAUUGCCAUCAGAUGCAGUUGAGGAACCAGUGUUUGUAAACGCAAAACAAUAUCAUGGCAUCUUGCGACGUCGGCAGUCUCGUGCUAAAGCAGAAUCGGAAAAUAAAGCUCUUAAGUCUCGAAAGCCAUACUUGCAUGAAUCUCGGCACCAGCAUGCACUGAGAAGAGCUAGAGGAUGUGGGGGUCGAUUUCUUAAUGCAAAGAAAAAUGACAACCAGCAGGAUGAAAUGUCAUCAGGCGACAAAUCCCAGCCAAAUAUCAAUUUAAACUCUGAUAAAAGUGAGCUUGCUUCCUCAGAUGGAACAUCCUGA